AUAGACAAAAGUUAAUAGAGCAAAAUUUAUAAGGGAAUCAUGGGAGUUGAAAUUCGACCAGCCACCAUUAAUGGUGAAAAUCAAAGUGAAAGUGUAAAUAUAGGUGCACCAGUUGUACUUGGACUACAACCAUUUGCCCUAGUAGAUCAUAUAGCUAAGGUGGAUUGGUCUCUUCUCUCCCAAAUUCCCGGUGAACGUGGUGGCUCUUUCCCAGUUGCAGUUGAAGAGUUGAAGUAUAUACUCAACGAGCUUAACGCCCAUAUCCUUCCUUCUACUGACAAUGAAUCCAUAUUGAAGACUAUAGCUGGAGGUAGCGUUGCAAAUACAAUUAGAGGGUUGGCUGCUGGUUUUGGGAUUAGUAGUGGGAUCAUUGGGGCUUGUGGCGAAGAUGAAGAAGGUAAAUUAUUUAUGAGCAACAUGGGCUUUUACAAAGUGGAUCUCUCAAGAUUGAGAUUGAAGAAUGGAACUACAGCUCAGUGUGUUUGUCUGGUUGACGAAGUUGGCAAUCGUACCAUGCGUCCAUGUUUGUCUGGCUCUGUGAAAGUUCAGGCAGAUGAACUGAAAAGAGAGGACUUCAAAGGUUCUAAGUGGCUGGUACUGAGAUAUGCCAUACUGAAUGUAGAAGUUAUUAAGGUGGCCAUCAAAAUAGCAAAGGAAGAAGGUCUUUUUGUUUCUCUAGAUCUUGCCAGCUUUGAGAUGGUGAGGAAGUUUAAAUCACCUCUAAUUGAAUUAUUGGAGUCGGGAAACAUAGACCUUUGCUUCGCAAACGAGGAUGAAGCAACUGAGCUGCUAAGGGGUGAAGAGAAAGCAGAUCCUGAUGCAGCACUUGAAUAUUUGGCUAAAUAUUGCAAGUGGGCUGUUGUCACCUUAGCUCAAAACGGAUGCAUUGCGAAACAUGAGAAAGAGUUUGUGCGUGUUCCAGCAAUUGGCGAAGCGAAAGUUACUGAUGCUACAGGUGCAGGAGAUCUGUUUGCAAGUGGAUUUUUGUAUGGAUUGGUAAGAGGACUGUCACUGGAGGAAUGUUGUCGGGUGGGUUCUUGCAGCGGUGGUUCUGUGAUUCGAUCUCUUGGGGGUGAGGUAACACCUGAAAACUGGCAAUGGAUGUACAAACAAAUGCAGACCAAUGGACUCCAACUUCCAGAACCAAGCAAAUCCUCUGUUGUGACAUAGAAGAGUGGCCUCCCUAACUCAAUAGAAAGAGCAGCGCUGUGUUUUUUAAGUGCGUACUCCUCUUGUUAUUUGACUUGUCGCGAAGAUAUGUUGAACGUAGAAGUUCAUAUUGUUUAAUCUAGAUGUCCAUCUCAAUUCAGGUGUCAAAAGAUUCAGUUUUUAUUAUAUGCAAUGUGUUGGAAGUUGCCAUUGAA